AUGGCUUCUUCAGGCGAUGCGUCGCCACCCGUUGCCAUAGUUUGCGUCGGCAUGGCAGGCUCUGGCAAAACAACCUUUAUGCAACGCAUCAACGCCCACCUUCAUAGCAAAGACCAGCCUCCAUAUGUAAUCAACCUCGAUCCGGCCGUCCUCAACGUGCCCUUCGAUCCGAAUAUCGACAUCCGCGACUCGGUAAACUACGAAGAGGUCAUGAAGCAGUACAACCUAGGUCCUAACGGAGGCAUCCUCACAUCACUCAACUUGUUUGCCACAAAAGUCGAUCAGAUUGUCAAUCUUCUGGAGAAAAGAGCGAAGCCCGAUGCCGAGAAACCCGAUCGCAAACCUAUUGACAGAAUCAUCGUCGACACUCCUGGUCAAAUCGAGGCGUUUGUGUGGUCUGCCUCAGGAACCAUUCUGCUAGAGUCGCUGGCGUCCUCGUUCCCUACGGUGAUUGCCUACGUUAUCGACACACCGAGAACAGCGUCAACAUCUACAUUCAUGUCAAAUAUGCUCUACGCCUGCUCCAUCUUGUACAAAACCAAGCUACCCAUGAUUCUCGUCUUCAACAAGACCGACGUCAAGGACGCAGCGUUCGCAAAAGAAUGGAUGACAGAUUUCGAGGCCUUCCAAGAAGCCCUUCGCCAGGACGAGGAGUCAGACGCGUUAGGCGGCUUGGAAGGCGGUGGACACGGUGGAAGCGGAUACAUGGGCAGUUUGCUCAACUCAAUGAGCUUGAUGCUUGAGGAGUUUUACUCGCACUUGAGCAUGGUGGGAGUCAGCUCGAGAGUGGGCACGGGGGUGGACGAGUUCUUCGAAGCCGUGGAAGAGAAGAAGCAGGAGUUUAUACGCGACUACCUGCCUGAACUUGAGAGGCGGCGUCAAGAACGGGAAGAGCAAAAGAAGAAGUCGCGUGACAAGGAGCUGGACAAGAUGAUGUCGGACAUGUCUGUUGCGCCGGGGCAAGCGCCGCAGCAAAGCGGCACUGGGAACGAGUCGGAUGUGGAGGUGGCAAGCGACGAUGACGAGGACUCGGAUGAAGAAGCCGCCAAGGAGGGCCUACAAGAGCGGUAUCAAGCAGCGAUGGGAGACAAUGAAGACUCCAUCCUAGCAGAUGCCAGCUUUGCCAAAUAUCUCCACAAACAACGGUAG